UUCCUCCUCUUUCAUCGUCUAUCUUUUUAUUUUUUCCUUUUUUUUUUUCGCCCUUCAUUUCCUAUAAUAAUAGUUUAGUCGUCUUCCUCCUCACUCUCGUCUCAGAUCAAGAACAUCAGAGGAGAGAGAGGUAGCGGAGGAGGGUGACGACGAUGGAGGAGAGAGGGAGGGUGGUGGGGGAUUACAUGCUCGGGGAGAGGAUCGGGUCGGGGUCGUUUGCGGUGGUGUGGAGGGCACGGCAUCGGCAGAGCGGGGCGGAGGUGGCGGUGAAGGAGAUCGACAAGAUGAAGGUCGAUGGCAAGUUCAGGGAGGGGCUCCUCAAGGAGAUCACCAUUCUCCGCAACAUCUCCCACCCCAACAUCGUCCGCCUCUACCAAGCUAUCCAGACCGAGGAUAGGAUAUUUCUCGUGUUGGAGUACUGCACCGGGGGCGAUCUCGCCGGUUACAUUCAGCAGCACGGCUACCGCGGCAGGGUCUCGGAGGCCGUCGCGCGGCACUUCAUGAGGCAGCUAGCUGGUGGACUGCAAGCAUUGCGGGAGAAUAAUCUCAUCCACAGAGACCUGAAGCCACAGAAUCUUUUACUGUCAACUAGUGAUGAAGCACCUGUUUUGAAGAUUGGAGAUUUUGGAUUUGCAAGGUAUCUGACGCCUCAUGGGUUAGCCGACACGCUUUGUGGUUCUCCUCUGUACAUGGCUCCGGAAAUUAUGCAGGAUAAGCAAUAUGAUGCCAAAGCUGACUUGUGGAGUGUUGGAGCUAUUCUUUUCCAGCUAGUCACUGGGAAGUUACCUUUUGAUGGCAGUACUCAUUAUCAGCUUUUCCAGAACAUAAUGGCAUCUAGUGAUCUUCAUUUUCCACCAGAAGUUUUGGUGAAUUUGCAUCCUGAUUGUAUUGACCUCUGCAGAAGACUUCUCUGUCGAAAUCCAGUGGAGAGACUAUCAUUUGAAGAGUUCUUCAACCACAAGUUCAUGGCAGCCACAAGCAUUACUACAAAGGCUCUUGGGUGCCAAACUUCUGUAGAUGUCGACUUUGGAGAUCGCAAUCCAUCAGCUUCUUCUGAUGUGCAUAAGAAGACUGGAAGCAUGAUUAGGCCCAUUUCAUAUGCAAGUACUUCAAAAGUUUCUGAUUCGCUGGACUCGAUUGAAAAAGAAUACGUUCUUGUUCAUGCAAAUUUUGCUUCAACAGAGACAUUAUCCUCACUUGAGGCAUCAAUGCGAGAUAGUUCUAUAACUAGAGUUGCUAGCUAUGCACAGACUACUGGCAAGAGCUGGCCUGGUCCAUUACAAGCUGGUGAUCCAGUUUGUGGCUUGGAGGGCAGUGGGAACUGUGUUUUCACUCCUAUUUGUCUACCUCGAUCAUCUGUUGCUACAGAAGACAUACAGGGGGAGCCAUUUCAUCCGGCCACUAGGCUUCAACUACUGAAUCACUAUAUUAAUACUUUGACAGAACUAGCUCGGGAAAAGCUUUUUGCAGGAUCACAUCUGGAAUCAUUUUCCAUUGAACUCAUGAGUUUAGCUCUAUGGAAAGAGGCACUUCAUAUAUGUAAUCUAUGGGCGGCCUCCAUGGCCAAAGAUGCUUUCAUUACUUCUACUGAUGAAAACUUGUUUCACCCAAAAGACCACGUGCCUGAGGGCGUAGUAGAAGGAAUAGAUUUCACAAGGCCAUUGUCUGUUUGCUCUUGGGCAGAAAGAGGGUUUAUUAGUGCAUAUGAUCGGGCGGAGGAAAUAUCCAGUAACUCACCGGGAAUUAAUGAUAAUGUGGUGAUGCCGGAUGCAAUGGAGAUCAUUUAUCAAGCAGCUUUAGCAGCUGGGAAAAGUGGUGCGGUUUAUGAGCUAAUGAGGCAGUGGAAUGGAGCAAUUACAUCAUACUCAAAAGCAAUCACCUUGCUCACAUUUAUUUUGGUAGAAGCAGCAUCACUUCCAUUAAAUCCACCAUUUUCCCUUUCUCCUUCUAAUCAGCACCGCAUCCGCAAGUAUAUUAUGAAUCUGAGAACUCAUCUUUACAAUUCUCAAAUGACAGUGCGGCAUCCAGGGGAACAACAAUGAAACUCAGGCUGCAAGUAUAUAACUAUGUAAAUAGACUAAUGGAAAAAAAAGAACAUUGAUCAUCCAGGGUUUCACUCACUUAGUGAACUACCUUCUUCAGUCACAACUAAUUAUAAGUUCAGUUAUAUUUUGUCAGAUAUCAGUAUCUAAUGAACUUUUGUCCUUUUAGAGGUGAACUUUUGUUAUUAAGGUAAUGACAGCUUUUGAGUUUUGAUCAAGGUCUUCAUUUCCAGAAAGAUGUAAUUUAUCUAUUUUUUAUGUCAUUGUAAAUAAAUACUAAACAUUGUACAUAUAGAACAUCAUUAAUAUAAACUUUAUUUGUUAGUUGCUCUCACUA